GCUAAAAUGAACGAGGAACGAAGUGCAAUUAGUCAGGACAGUCCCAAGUCGUAUUUGUGCCAAGAGCGGGAUUUGCAGGGUGGCGAGCAUCAUGAAUUCAAGAUAGAGACUGUGACGAAGGCUAAACUGCCUUACUUGUCAUGAUCAAUUGAAAAUGUUUUCGGUAGCAUUUUUGCAGCUACUCUAGCAUGCAAUGCUACCAAAUUCGAAUCCAGAUGCCGUCAAGGAGAGGGCGUACAUAUCCCAUGCACUGACAAAGCAUACGAAGCGUACCCUGGCUUCCAUAAUCAACGACCACUUCCACGGAAGUUGGGAGGCAAGGAACAUCCGCGCGACAAAGUAUAUAGAAUGAGGUCGGCCAGACAAGAAAAGCAGAAAGGCAGGUUAAAGUUGUUAUUAUCACAGUCGUCUAUCACCUAUAAUACUUCCAUUUAGAUAUCAUUCAGGCACUGCAUCAAGAUUAUCAUCAAAUCACACAUUCACGAUGGCGACACAGAACGCAGCUGCUAAAGCUUUCAAGGCUCUUCACCAACGGCCUAACAAGCCCCUUGCCCUCGCAAACGUCUGGGACAUCAUCAGCGCACGCGCCGUCGCCGAGCUAGAAUCAACAGAAGCCCUCGCAACAGCCAGCUUUUCAGUGGCGCGCACAGCAGGGCUCGAAGACGAGCAGUUGACUCUAAACAUCAACGUGGCCGCCGUCAAGGGCAUCGCGAAAGUAGCAGCGGAAUUCAACAAACCUCUGAGCGUCGACAUUCAAGACGCAUAUGGUCCCGAGCUAGAGAAAGCCAUCAACGCUCUCAUAGACCUUGGCGUUGCCGCCAUCAACUUAGAAGACUGUGAGCUGGCGACAGGAGAGCUGUAUACUCCCGCCGAGGCUGCAUCGCGCAUUGAGCGUGUCCUCGAAGUGGCCAAGGAGAGAGGCGUGCCGGACUUCGUCGUCAAUGCGCGCUGCGAUGCCCUGGUGAAGGGCCACAGUAUCCUAGACGCCGUAGUGCGUGGGAAGAGGUAUCUAGCCGCAGGCGCAACCACAGUCUUCGUCUGGGGAGGCAAACGGGGCGUCACAAGGAGUGAGGUCGACCGAAUGGUCAGUGAGUUUGACGGGCGCUUGGCUGUACUGGCUGUGCCGCCGCCUGCCGGGCUCAGUGUCAAGGAGCUAGCUGAUAUUGGUGUCGCGAGGUACAGCGUUGGCCCGUCGGUCAUGUUUGCUGCCAUCCAGACCAUGCAGGACGAGGCGAAGAAGCUGUUGGGCUGAAUGUAAAGUAAGACGUGCCGAGCAUCUAUCUUGUCAAUGCGGGUAUGAUUCAGGAUGCUCAUUUGUGCGGGACUAAAUGAUGGGUAGCUUAAUACCCAUACCUAUUAUUCACAGCCAAUCGUGAUUCUCGGUGACAUGAUGUCUCUCUCCGCUGAAAAGCGAAAAAGGCUGUCUACAGAAAAAGCAAAAGGAAACAUGCAGAUGUUAGGACUCACGUAAGACGCCACGUACCGGAGCAGUGGUCGGCCAAUGCUUCCUAUUUAGCCACCAAUUCUUCAUUCCGCCAUCUUCCAACGAGGGGAUUUAUCCUGUCGGUAUCCCUAAAUUUCCGAACAUUGCAAACACAAUCAUCAAAAU